GCUGGAAGGUAAUGGGCGGACUUUAAUGUAUUCACGCGGAAGCGGUUAGUGUCUACGAAGUUUUCGGGUCAUGUUAGAACAAGAUUGUUGGUUUCAUUUCAGAAUGACAGGGAAUCCCGUAUAAAUACGUUAUUUUCUAUCAAGUUACUGUGCAGUGGCUACGUUUUCACUCGUUUGUUUGGAAUUGGAACAGAAAAGUUCAAUUUCGCGUUUGCAAGGUAUUCCAAAAUUGGUCUGAAACUGAUAUGCAACGGUUAACCAACGAUAUGACAGCUCUCGUAAGUGACACUGAUAUGUUUGGGGAAAGACUAGACCAAGAGUUGGAACCAGAGGACCAAGACGUUUCUCGUAGUGGUACCGGGAUUGUUUUGGAGUUCAAACAACCGGUAGCUCAGACCCAGAAGCCGAGCAAGAGUUUUUGGGAUAACCCGCGACCAUGGCCAAAGAUGGUUUUGUCAAUGCUCUGUAGUGUUUUCCUGGUCUUGGCUGUCGCUGUCUUCUGUGCAUUUCUAUACAUCAUUAUAAAAGACCUGAGUGCUGAGAGGAUGUUGGGGGAGGAUGGGACAGAGGUCCGCGUCCUGGGAUUCUGGAGUGUUCUGGUAUUGUCAAUGUUGGCUGGCUUCUCCUGCUGCAGUUUCUCAUGGACACUCACAUACUUUGACUCAUAUCAGCCAGGCCUGUUUACCCCAACCCCCCUGUCGUCUGCCUACCUCAGGCGUUUGACAGGCCACUCCUUCCAUGUGGGCUACAGCGUGGCUGUCCUGAAUGGCAUAGUGGCCGCACUGACUGUUGUCUGGAACCUCAUUUGACCCCUGACCUUUACCCAGAAUUCAAUGCUUCUGCACGUGGCCCGCCCAACAUCCCAGCUAUCGCCACUGACCUCAGCACUCAGAAGUAUCACCGUAAAAUAAGGAAACACUGAAUUAAGCUGUGCUUGGCAUACUAGAAGCAUAGCUAAUUUUUUUACAUGUCACAGUAUUACUGUAAUAUAUUUAGUCCUAAGACAAUAUCAUGUGUUUUGUAAGGAUACAAUACGUUCAUGUCAGUUGUUUAGAGUUG